GUCUGACUAACUCUCCAUUCAAAAGUCCGUUUUGACCACUCCCCUCCUUCUUCCCUUCUUCCUCCUCCCUGCUCCAACCUUUCCUCUUCUCUCUCACAGAUACACACACACACACAACACUUUCUUAAUUCAUAUAUCUUAUUAUCUUUUCUAUUCUCUCAUCAAAUGAAUGACAACUACUACCUACUCCCUAUUAUUAUUAUUACUACGACGACUAACACUCCUCAUUAUUAUUAUUCCCAACACCGCAUCACCAUCUCAAACAAUAACUAUUCUCUUUUCACUAACACUCAAUCAUGGGCGCGUGCUUUUCCGCAUCUAAAGUCGUUAGCGGCUCCAAUACGACGUCGCAUCACAACAAACACAAACACCAACACCAACGGCAUCACCAGCAGCAGAAGCAACGGCCUACGCACAAGCACGUGCCGUGUGGCAAGCGAACCGAUUUCGGUUACGACAAAGACUUCGAUGACCGUUACUCCCUUGGCAAGUUGUUAGGUCACGGUCAAUUCGGUUACACCUAUGUCGCAAUUGACAAGGCCGAUGGCCACCGCGUCGCCGUUAAGAGGCUCGAUAAGGCAAAGAUGGUUCUUCCUAUAGCCGUGGAGGACGUCAAGCGAGAGGUCAAGAUACUGAAAGCACUUGCUGGCCACGAGAAUGUGGUUCAGUUCUACAAUGCUUUUGAAGAUGAUUCCUAUGUGUACAUAGUUAUGGAGUUGUGCGAGGGUGGAGAACUGCUAGAUCGGAUAUUGGCCAAGAAGAACAGUCGGUAUAGUGAAAAAGAUGCCGCAGUGGUUGUCAGGCAGAUGCUCAAGGUUGCUGCUGAGUGUCAUCUACAUGGUUUGGUACACCGCGACAUGAAACCAGAGAACUUCCUUUUCAAAUCAACCAAAGAAAACUCACCUUUAAAGGCUACAGAUUUUGGUUUGUCAGAUUUCAUAAAACCUGGAAAAAAAUUUCAUGAUAUAGUUGGCAGUGCUUACUAUGUUGCGCCUGAAGUUUUAAAACGCAAGUCAGGCCCUGAGUCAGAUGUGUGGAGCAUAGGUGUUAUUACUUACAUAUUACUCUGUGGGAAACGUCCAUUUUGGGAUAAGACCGAGGAUGGUAUUUUCAAGGAGGUCUUACGUAACAAGCCUGAUUUCCGCAGGAAACCAUGGCCAACUAUAAGCAGUGCAGCAAAGGAUUUUGUGAAGAAAUUGUUGGUAAAGGAUCCUCGGGCAAGAUUAACUGCUGCUCAGGCUUUGUCACAUCCAUGGGUUAGAGAAGGAGGAGAAGCAUCGGAGAUUCCUAUUGAUAUAUCAGUUCUGAGCAACAUGCGCCAGUUUGUGAAGUAUAGCCGGUUGAAACAAUUUGCAUUGAGGGCAUUGGCGAGUACACUUAAUGAAGAAGAGUUGGCUGAUUUAAGAGAUCAAUUUGACGCGAUUGAUGUGGACAAAAAUGGUUCAAUUAGUCUGGAAGAGAUGAGACAGGCUCUUGCUAAAGAUCUACCUUGGAAGUUGAAAGAAUCGCGCGUUCUAGAGAUAUUGCAAGCGAUAGAUAGCAACACAGAUGGGCUAGUGGAUUUCACCGAGUUUGUGGCUGCUACAUUACACGUUCACCAAUUGGAGGAACAUGACUCUGCAAAGUGGCAGCGACGAUCACAGGCUGCUUUUGAGAAAUUCGACAUAGACAAGGAUGGAUAUAUUACUCCGGAGGAACUAAGAAUGCAUACAGGAUUAAGAGGUUCAAUUGAUCCUCUGCUUGAGGAAGCUGACAUUGACAAAGAUGGAAAAAUCAGCCUUCCAGAAUUUCGCAGACUCCUAAGAACUGCAAGCAUUGGUUCUCGGAAUUUGCCAAGCCCCAGCGGCAACCGGCGCACUACAAUCUUAGAAUAGAGGUUGUUUCGGAGUCUGAGGCUCAGUUAAGCAAGUUUUGUGAGUGGAGUAGAGUUCCUUCUAAGAUUAUCUUCUGUGCAGAUUGUGCUGAAGCCAUUAAGACUGUUAUCUAUUUCUGCAUUUUUCUUUUCGCUCGUCUGCUCUGACAAUCUAUGGAACUCGAACUCCAGUUACAGUGGCGUGCGCCCCGCACAGUGAUUAUAUUCCUUAAGGACUACGUCAAGAGGUUUUUGGUAGAGUUUGUGCAUAAAAUAUUUUCAGGUUUCAUCAGUGUACAUGAUUUAUUUGUGGGGGGUGUUCUUGGUUUGUCAUUCAUGUAAUAAUGUGUAACUAUAAAUAAAUAUAUCUUCUAGUCAGAAAAAUUGGGGGAAAAAUGAAAAAGGAAGCAGCAGCAAAUGAACAAGAAAUAUGUUGAUAGAGUUCUAUUGUCUUGCCA